UAUCAAUGGUCCUAGAUCAGCUGUGCUCCUUAAACUUAGAGGAUGAUGAGGCAUUGGAUGUCAAUGAGGCAGUAAACAACAUCCAAGCAUGGAAGGCUCACAUCGUAAGAAUGAUAAACCAAGAUCGUGGUAGAGUGGAUCUUCUAGAUGGCAUGCAAACAUGUCAAAUACUCUUGAUCAUGGACUGGGCCAUGAAGUGCCUCCCGCUUUUACAUCGAGAGAAGCAGUCUGAUUGGUUUGGCCAAAAAGGGAUCUCCUGGCAUGUUACAGUUGGCAUCACAAAAGAUGACAAAGGAACUUUGAAGCAUAGCACUUGGGUGCACAUUUUGGAAAGUGGAAAACAGGACUGGUUUAGUGUGGCAUCCCUCUUAGAGCAUACCCUCUCAGCUGUGGUUAAGCAGUAUCCUUUUGUCAAAGAAGCAUUCAUCAGGUCUGACAAUGCUGGGUGCUACCAUAAUGGAUAUCUGUGGAGUUCGAUUCCAUCCAUAUCUGAGAGAUCAGGAAUUGAGAUUAAGAGAUACAACUUUAGUGAAACACAAUCAGGAAAAUCCUAUUGUGACGCCAAAAUUGCUCAUCUAAGGAAGAAGAUGAGAAUGCAUGUUGCGGAUGGAAAUGACAUCAAGUUCCCAGCUGACAUGAAGAUGGCCUUAGAUAGUGGAGGUGGAGUUACAGGAUGCCAAGUGGCAGUUGUGGCAGUAGAUUACAGCCAUCAGCAGAUAUUCAAUCACAAAUGGAGGGAUGUACGCUUCAUUACAGAUCUGGAAGUAGAGGCUUCUAAGAUGGUCACAUACCAUGCAUAUGGCAUUGGAAAUGGAAAUAUCAUUGAGACAUCCUCAAUGGUCUCUUCACAGCAAAAUUCGACAGGUCUAAAGAUCUUAUCUGACUUCAGGAAACCAGAGAAGCAAGAGGGUCACAUACGGAAUCCAACUACUAUUAAGGAGCCCCGUCAGUGUUUCCCUUGUUCAGAGGAAGGUUGCGUACAAAGUUUUUGCACCUUUGAGGACUUUGAGGAACAUAUGUACUUUGAAAAGCACACCUAUGAAUUUGAUCAUACUACAGAUUUAUCUACGUUUGACAAAGUGAAACUGAGGUGGGCAGAAAAGUGUAAUUUAGUCACAGAGAGUGAAGAGCCGAUCUCCAUUCCAUCAACAUCAGGGUAUGAUAAAUCCAAACAAAGUGCUGCACCAAAAGCCCAGGAUUGUUUAAAACCAAGCCAGAUAAUGUCUUACUUCUCGAGAUUAACAUCUCAAUGCAAAGAUUCCUUCAAGAAAAACAGAGAAGAAGAGGUGGAGGAGGAUGAGUACCUACAACAUGUUCUGUAUGAAAUUGAUAUGCAGGAAAUCAGAAACAAUGUACAGUCUUCUCAUGCUUAA